UAUACCAUUCGCGGUGCCAUAGAAUAUUCUUCAGUCGGCCGGCGAGUGUCGUGUUGCGCAGACGCACCCAUGUGACCAUUUUCGCGCCAAAUCUCAACGACUAUAUCUCGUUUUAUAGUCGUGUUAUAGUGAAGCUACGAUUGAAAUAACGUCAAAAUAUCAUUCGUAACUCAAGAUGCCCAAGAAAGCUCCAGCACGAAAAAAGAAGCAGACAUGUCGUAAGAUUCCUGCCCAGAAACAACCUCAAACAUCAAUAAACGUGCAGGAAGUUGACAAACUGCAAAAUCUUUUCGAUAUCGCAGCCACAGAGGAGCUUUCUCAAGAUGAAUCUUAUUCUGAGGCUGAAAGAUCUUCAGAGAGUGAUGACAGAGGUACGAAAAGCAGGGACUCAUCUGACGAAUCCAUUGUGGAUCCGUAUUAUGAUUCAAAUGGUGAAUACGGCUCUGAUGCAGACUAUGUUCCGGAUAGUAAUGAAGACUCAUCUGAAGAAUCAGGUAACAGCUGCUCUGAUCCAUUGCCUAGCACUCUCAACCAGCCAUUGCAGUCUCAACCAGCCAGAAUGCCUACACCAAUCAGUGAAGACACGCCUGAUGAAGAGGUUCAAUCAACCAUACAACGUUCAAUGACCGUCACAGCAGAUAUCCAUACCCAUACAAACUUCAUCAAAAUUGAACUAGAACCAGAGGAUUCCGAUCGUGCAUCGUGCAGUAGUAAAGGUACGCUAGAACAGUCCAAACCUGGAACCUCAAUCGAGCGAAAUCAGAUGGAGAUAGAAACUACUCCGCAGUCUCCUAAAAAGCACCAAGAUCCGCCUAUUCUAAACCAAAUGGAGGUUGAAACGUCUUUACUAGACAAGCCUCAAAUUGAAAUAGAGCAAGAAAAAGAUUCCGUAGAUAAAGGUAAACCAGAACAGCUCGGACCCGAACCCUCCAUUGAGCGAAAUCAUAUGGAGAUAGAAACAAUCCCGCAGUCUCCUCAAAAGCACCAAGAACCGCCUAUGGAAGUUGAAACGUCUUCACUAGGUAAACCUCAAAUUGAAAUAGAGCCAGAGAAAUAUUCCGAUCAUACGUCGUGCGUUAGUAAAGGUACGCCAGAACAGCUCAGACCUGAACCCUCAACCGAGAAUCAUCAGAUGGACACAGAAACUACCCCUCAGUCUUCUGAAAAACACGAAGAAUCGCCUAUUCAAAACCAGAUGGAAGUUGAAGUAUCUUCAGUAGGCGAGCCUGUAAGCAAUUUGGACAGGCAUCAAACAAUUCAAAGUCUUCAGGAGAGCAGACAGACUUCGCCCUCACUGUCAUCUCCCAAUCAUCACCAAGAACUGCCUAUUCACGACCAGAUAGAGAAUGAUAUUUCUUCUGUUAGUCAUCCUUGCAGUAGUUUCGAAAGACGUCAAUCUAUUCAAGAACUCGAUCGGAUCGAUCAGGCUUCAGAUAUAUCGGAGUCUCCUAAUCCACAGUCCGUUCCCGUCUCACUUUCCACUCAAACUCAAGACGUUGACGGCAUUCAGCCAGCUUCGGAUUUGCAAAUAACAUCUAAUUCCCCUCUGAUAAACCGAAAUGAUAAUGUUAGAAGAAGACAAGUUAGACCACAGGACCCUCAAGUUGACGAUGAACCAUGGACCGAUACUACAGCACCUUUACUUGAAUUACCUUUCGAUGACUCUACCACAGGACCUACAUUUCAUUGUGACAAUAAUACCACUCCAAUAGACGUUAUGAACCAGUUCAUGACAACAGAGCUGAUAGAACUGAUUAUUUCAUGUACAAACGCAUAUGGUCAAGCACUGUGUAAUACCCAGAGGCCACAUACAAGAGGGGCUCGAAGACAAAACUUUCAUCCUACGAACCCAGAUGAAAUAAGAAAGUUUCUUGGACUUUGCUUGCUGCAAGGACAGGUAAACUCGUGCCAUUUGAGAAAAUUGUUUACUUUCACUGAUUCGUUAUAUUUUCACCCGGUAUUUCCAUAUACCAUGUCAGGAAGACGAUUUGAGCAACUGCUGCGAUGUUUAUAUGUUUCAACAGUAAAUAGUAAAGGGAUGGAGAAAGUCAAUCUGUUCGUCAGAAAGGUCAUUACACGGUUUCAAGACUUAUACAAUCCGGGAUGUGAGUUAUCCCUCGACGAGUCGAUGUUGUUGUUUAGAGGCAGGCUUUCCUUCCGCCAAUAUAUGAAACAAAAGAAGAGCAAAUAUGGCAUAAAAUUUUACAUCGUUACUACCGCAGAUGGUUACAUAUUGAACUUUAAAAUUUAUGAAGGAAAAGGUACAGUACUAGACGAUGAAGGAAAUGAACCGAAAGUUCAGAAACUGGUCAUGACUUUGAUGGACAAAUACCUUUUCAAAGGUCACGUCUUAUACAUGGACAAUUUUUACAACAGCACUACGCUGUCAGAGAAAUUGCUGAAUCAUGAUACACACACAGUUGGUACAUUGAGAAAAGAUAGAAAAGACAAUCCAAAACCACUAUUCACCCAAAAUCUAAAAAAGGGAGAGCAUGUUUGGCAACGGAGAGGAAACGUCUAUGUAUCACGCUGGAAAGAUAAAAGACCCGUCAAUAUGAUUACUACAAAGCAUCAUCCUCGUCUGGUUGUCUGCAAAAACAAACAUGGAAAGACCAUGUUCAAGCCGGUAGAAGUGGUGGAUUAUAACGCUCAUAUGUCAGGCAUCGAUAAGUCCGAUCAAAUGAUGGCUUAUUAUUCAAGUCCCAAAAAAACCAUAAGAUGGUACAAGAAGAUAAUUUUCCACAUUUUGGACAUGAUGAUGUGGAACGCAUACUACAUAUACAAUAAACAUUGUAAUAACAAAAUGCAAAUGCUUGAAUUCAGAGAGAGCAUUAUCAGAUCUUAUAUUCAAGUAGAAGAGCGUUUCGACUGCUUGAAGCUGAUGAAAAUAAGUCACAGGAAUGCAAAUAGGAAAUCACGUAAGGAUGAAGAGCCCAUUACCGAUUCACCUGCAGAACCAGGGAUACAAAAUCACUGGCCUGAGAUGAUACCUGUGCCACCAAACCACAAAAGGGCUAAAGUAUUUUUGAAGUGCCGGGAAUGUAGGGCUAAUAAAACUAUGAAAGAAACUAGUUACCGAUGCAAAGGCUGCCUUGACAAACCGGCGCUCUGUCCAGGUUGCUUUGAGGCAUACCAUAUUCGUAAACUUUAGAUGCUCAUGGGCAAUGUUACUUUUAAUGACGUUAGACUGCUUGUUAAUUAUUUGAGACUGAUUAUUCAUUAAUUAAUAAGUACAUGUUGUAGGUGAUUGUUAAGUAAAGACAAACUUUACUGUGAUUAUAAAGUAGAUUCAUGCCAAAUGUUGAUUAGACUGUUUCACUGUUUCAGUGUGUCUAGUAGUUGUAAGUUUUGUAUCAUACUUAAUUGAUCUCAAUAAUGAUUAAAAACUGAUUCUUUAUUUUAAGUAUCGUACUAAUUGAUCUCAAUAAUGAUUAAAAACUGAUUCUUUACUUUAUGUAUCGUACUUAAUUGAUCUCAAUAAUGAUUAAA